AUGGCUGUACUGAACACCAUGCUCUACUCUGAGGUCCAGCGGUCGUCACUGGUCUGCAAGGAGGUCACCAACAUAUCCACCACCAGCAAGAAACUGUCCACAGUGGUCCUGUUCAUCGUCCUGGCCCACAUGGCCUGCAGCUUCCCCAGGUGUAUGGUGGCCGUCUAUAACAUGGUCCACGCAAGAGAGGGUCAUGGAAGUUCAAGUAAUGGUCACCACUGUGCCCCGGAAAUCAAAUCACGUACCUACACUUGUAUCACAAUCGCUGCCAACAUCUUGAAUGUAUUCAACAGCUGUCUUAACAUUGUCAUCUAUUGUGGCCUCGGGUCAAAGUUCAGACAAGAGAUGAAACUUUACUUCGGGGGCUGCUGGCGCCGGAACCGGGUGGCACCUACAACCUGUGUCGUCGUCGUGGCCUCGCUGGAAACAAAGAUGCCUGCUAGCAACGCCAGAACGGUCACGUCCUGAGAUUUGAGCUCGGUCCUGGAACUAUAAAAAAAAACACCAAACAUAACUAGACAUACAUGUUGAUGCAUAGGAAAAAAAAACGCGCUCACUAGAUACGUCAAUAAAAUGU